GUGAGUUCGUUGAAAGCGACGGGUGAUGAUUUGAAAAGUCGGCUGCGGGAUGUGGAGGAGAACGUUCAAAGAAUAACAGGGGAACGAGAGCGCUUGCAGGAAGAAGUGCAGCAGUUGCAAGUGCUCAUCGAAGAGCAGAGCGUGCAAGAAAAGACAUGUCGCAUGGAGCUUACAAAAGCUCUCGAGUCAAACAGCGAGAAAGAGGAGUUGUUGCAAUCCAUGUCGAGGGAGAUCAAGAGUUUGAGAGCAGAGCAGCAAGCGCAGCUACUAGAUGCAGGGAAGGUAAUGCUUGAGAUAGAACAGAUAAAGACGGAGAGAGACAUGGCGGCGGAGGAAGUGACGAAGCUGACACAGGCGUUGGCUGCAGCAGAGCAAAGAGUUGUGGAUCUAGAGACGGAGGUACAGAGUAGAGUGCGGCAAGAGGAGAUGCAAGACAAGGAGCAGCAGUUUGUGAAAAUGAAGGAGAGGGCUGCUAUGCUGGAAAAGCGAUGGCGGGCAGUGAAGGAGACAGCAUCUCGCCUAGAGAAGGAUGUGGUUCGUUUGCAGGAACAAGUGAGGAGAGAGAAGGCUUGGAGUGAUGCUCAGAGGGAAACACACCGGCGAGAGUUGGAAAGUCAAAAACAGGUACAACUCUUCUUCAGCAGGCAGCUGGAGAAGCUGGAAGGUGUGGAGAUGGAAAGAGAUAAAUGCCUGCUGAAAAUUAACGAGUUAAAUGCAACAAGGACAGCGCUAGAGAAGGAGAGGGACGAGUCCAAAGAAGCCUAUGCGAAACUGGAGCUCAAAGUCCACAAGAGAAUGGUGGGAUGGCGAGGGAAGUGAUCGGGUCAAGUUGUGUGCCUUCUCGCUGCUGUUUCUCAUCAUCAUGUAAACUGCCCUGUGCCCACCCAAUUGUUGACAAAGGUGUGUUAGUGCCCAAUGCGUGAAUGUACAUUCUCUCAUUCAUGUCUGUGUGUGUGUGUGUGUGUGUGUGUGUGUGUGUGUGUGUGUUGUCAUGUUCGCUGUACACAAGUCCACAAAGAGAAGCAUGACUGUGGCAGACAGUUUCGGCGGACUUUCACCGACUCAUCAGGAGGUUGAACCCCGACAGUCUUCCCACCGUGCCCGGGGUGCAUUUGACUGGUGGAUAAGAACUCACCACGUCUCCCAGAGUCCGCGAUUGUGUGUGUGUGGCAAUGUGUGUGUGUGUGUGGCAAUGUGUGUGUGUGUGUGUGGCGAUGUGUGUGUGUGUGUGGCGAUGUGUGUGUGUGUGGCAAUGUGUGUGUGUGUGUGUGUGGCGAUGUGAGUGUGUGUGGCGCUCUGUGUGUGUGUGUGUGUGUGUGUGUGUGUGUGUGUGUGUGUGUAUGUGUGAUAUGCAUGUACCAUUAGCCACUAGCAAUCAUUAGAUGAGAUUAGUAUUUGCACUAUACAGGCCAGUUCAGGUCCAGUUCUUUUACAAGUCCUGUGUUUCUGAACAGGUCAAGAUGUAAGAUGGAGUGGAGGUCUCAACUUUAUAGAGCGAGCUCGCUCCGAUUACAUAUCAGAGAAAAGGGUCCAGUCCAUAGUGGCUUCGUUCGCCCUCUCCGAUUUCAUUGAGUGUCAUUCUUGUCUGGUUGGCAGUGGGAGCAGUGGGAGAGAUUGAUGCCUUCUGGUGAGGAAGGACAGACUCAGGUGUUGGGGCAUGAACAUGAUAGACUGCAGGCGUCGCUUGUGGGGAUUACAAGGUGGCGCAGUGGGGUGAAUUUCGACGGCCCCCCUUAUCUGACGGUUGUCGAUUUGUCGGAUAGCGCUGACAAUUUUAGAUCACUGUGUUGUUUUCUUGGAUAUGCAGUCUUUGUGAUACCCCUUGAUAAGGGGAAGGGGAAAAAGGCGGGUGAAGGAGCAGUAUAGACUGCAGGCAUGAUUUGCAAGGAGUAGUAGAAGAGGGCACAGGAUGUCAGUUAGUCAGUCAGGGAGGAGUGGCAAAGGGAAGGGAAGGGGAACAGAGAGGGCAAUGGCGGUACUCAAAUUGGGACUUUGUCGACUGAUCUGUGCACAAUUUUGGUCAGAUACAUCCAGGUGUGUACCGUAAUUGUGGCCAUACGAGGGUAUACCCCAGCUGCAGUUUGUUCUUUCGGCAAUCUCUUCAUUGUGAGUUUUGGAGUACGCUGUGUGUACGGUGUGAGAGCGAGGUGUGUGUCAUGUGCUGUCUUCUCCAUGAUUGACAGCAGCCUCCGUCGCCAUCUUCACCCCUCUCUUUCUCUCCUGAUCGGUAGCGAGUAUGCUCUAUGAGGAGCAUUGUACACUGCAGGCAUGAUUUGCAGGGAUUAGUAGGCACAGAAUGUCAGGUAGUAGGAGAGCACUCUCACAGUGCAAUCGCACGGGUUGUUUUAAUUGUUGCCUUCUUUAAGCCCAGCCCGUUUCUUGGCGAUGGAUCUGACAGUCAAUUUUUUUUAUUUCCUUUUUCUCCUUGUUAAGCCACCAGUCUA